AUGCCGCGAGCUCGAGUCGAGCGACACGAGGAAGAGAAGGAGGAGCUGUCUGAUGUGAGCGAUGUUGAAGUGGAGGACGAGGAGCUCGUCUUCAUGUCAAUCCUGUUCGACCGAGGCGAGCUGGGCGUCGCCAUCUACAACGUGCUGACGACAAGUCUCAAGACGUUGCAGCUUCAAAUAGCUGACGUUGAUGAGCUCGAGGAGGUGGCGCGGUGGCUGUGA